AUGCCGCCUCCCAGGACAAAAGCGGAGGUUCAUUCCCAGAAGCAAAAGGAAAAGGUUCGUCCUUGGUUGAAUGCUUUCGCUCCGGGUUGCAUGCAACCCUUGGCCCCGCUCCUGUCACAAGUGCUGCAACGGGCAUGGUACUCUCACAACUCGGAGGGCUAUUGCAAACGCGUUGGCGGCGCCCCUUUGUUUUUCUCGUUCCCAUCACUCGACUACGUCCUGCACAAUCUCUGGCUGACCACGUUCGCGCAUGUCCACAGCUUGCCCAAUCCUAUCAUGAAUUACUGGAACCUUCGAAGCGUGGGGAACUACACGCUCGGAAGAUUGAUCGGAAAAGGCUCCUUUGGCAAGGUCUACCUUGCCUCUCACAAGCUUACGAAUGGCUCCAAAGUCGUGCUUAAAUCUUCGGACAAGGAGGACACGAACCUUGCGCGCGAGAUCCAUCACCAUCGCCAAUUUCUCCAUCCCCAUAUCACUCGUCUCUAUGAAGUCAUUGUAACGGAAAAGCUGGUCUGGUUGGUCCUCGAAUACUGCCCUGGCGAUGAGCUCUAUAAUUACCUCCUUCGUCAUGGGCCGCUUCCCGUCGACAAAGUCAAAAAGAUAUUCACACAACUGGUUGGUGCGGUUGCUUACGUCCACAGCAAGUCUUGCGUGCACCGGGAUCUGAAGUUGGAAAAUAUUCUUCUUGACAAGCACGAGAAUGUUAAAUUGUGCGACUUUGGAUUCACUCGAGAGUACGAGGGGAAAGCGAGUUACCUGCAAACGUUCUGUGGCACCAUAUGCUAUAGUGCCCCCGAGAUGUUGAAGGGUGAAAAGUACGCCGGUGAAAAAGUCGACGUGUGGAGUCUAGGCAUCAUCCUGUAUGCCCUGCUGGCAGGGGAGCUUCCUUUCGACGAGGACGACGACCUUGUUACCAAAUCGCGGAUCCUUAAGGAGGAGCCUGUAUUCAACGACCAAUUCCCCGACGACGCGAAGGCCCUCAUCGGUCUGCUUUUAUCGAAGCGACCCCUGAUCCGGCCGAGUCUCGGUGAAAUCCUGGCUCAUCCGUUCCUUUCAGAGCACGUAUCCGAGCAACUUGCGAUUUUGAAAAUCCCCCGCCCCCCAGCGUUCUCGACGUCAUUGGAGAAGACCACUCUGCAGCGAAUGAAGAGUGCCGGUGUCAACAUCGACGAGGUAGUAGAGAGCGUUCUCGCUCAGCGCUGCGACCCUCUUGCGGGUUGGUGGGCGCUGCUGAUUGAGAAGGAACAGCGCAAGGAGCAGAAACGAGAGCGGAAGCGACGCGAACGAGAAGUAGAGGCGAAAAACAUCCGCCGUUUGAGUGCAGCAAGCAGUCGCUUGGAGAAGAGGUCCUCGGCGCUAGUUGAGGUCGAUGAAGAGGGACAUGCUUCUGCCAACGUGCCUCUACAGGACCGGGGAAGGAGAGACCGGCGCAGUCUCCCUUCCCAGCUCGCCGUGCCGGAGUUGCCAAUUUUGCCAGAACCGGUCCCUGUUCAAUCGCCCGAUUCUAACACGCCGCCGCCGCCCGUGGACAAGGAUUCGACUCGGUCUGCCAGCUCUACGCGGCGGCGCCCUUUACCCCCGCCCAAGGAUAGACGGCGUUCAAGACCAAGCACGCUGCACGUUAGCGCCUCGCAGCCCGAGCUAGCGCAGCAUAAUGGGAUCUUCAGGCGCCGUACUGGCCGCCGUCAGUAUCCGAUCAUCAGCCAGCUGGCAUCAUUGAAGCAUUGGUUUGUGGAGUCUGCCAAGCGAGCCAAGUCCCCUCACGGCAAAGCUGCUGGUGGACCGGGAUCCCAUCGUAAGUUCUUGUCCGAGAAACUGAGUCCUGCCAAGGGACAGGAAGCUGGGCGAAAGACCACGCCGGCGUCGUCCGCCGCCACCCAUCCGGGGGACCUGUCAACGCCGACGCAAGCGAAGCGUGCAUCCAACGCAAGUAGCCUGGCCCCGAGCAGCGCGUCGUACCGCAACCAUCGCCAUUCCUAUCCUCGCCAGCCUCGUCCUCUAAGCACCGGCAACCCUCACCAUCGCAAUUCGUUGUCCCCAUCCCCGAUUACGCCCCGGGGGUCAUAUAGACGGUCUUCUGCUGGUCUACGGGGUCGCAAAUCAACUUCCUCUUCCAUUUCCUCGAUUCGAAGUAUUCACCAUACCCACACUCACUCGAAAGCAUCGUCUGUCUCGUCCAAUAGCAUUGGGUCUGCCUCCACUCCGACAGCCCGGAUCUCAAAGUCUCCUCAUUCUUCAGUCAAAGUGCUUCCCACCACUCCGGGAGCCUCUUCGCGCUUCCCCAGCAACAUUCGCCUGGUGCGGGGCUCGAACAAUGGAUACCGUGAAAUGAACGAGCCCAACGGAAGAGUGAGCUCGAUGUUUAACGAGGCGGCCCCCACGCCACUGCUGUACUCGCCUUCCUCCAGCCUUGUCUUUGCCCGUCGGAAGAAGUCGGCCUUCAAAGGGCCCAUGUCUCACACGGCCAAUCUCAUGGUCUCGAGUGGCAUGGCUACACCCGAGUUCCCUCACGAUGAUAUUGCAGUGGCUGCGCCGGUUACGAGUGCAGCUCGGCCCACGGCUCGGAAAAGCCAAAUCAUCGAAGAAGAGGAAGACCUGGAAGACGAUGACGAUAUCGAAGAAGUAGACGCAUUCACGGGGACGGAGGACGAGCCCGGAUCACCCAUCGACGUGGUCAGCUCGGACGAUAACCUAAGGGCAGCGAGUGCCACUGGUUCUCCCGGACGAACCCGCAAACCGGCCCUUGCUCCCGCUCCCGAUCUUGAUACGAGUCCCCUGCGCCCUCCUCGUUCGUCGUCGCUUAAAGCAACACCCGAUCAAGGCAAGUACGGGGCCAAGGACGCCAAUAAGUCCGCCGAUGUCUCUCCGAGAUCAGUGAUUUCCAACCGGACGGGUCGCGCCUGA